AUGUCGGAGCACAAUAUCUUUGAUAACUCGGAAUCUGAUCGGGAUAACUCACAUAUAAAUAGUAUAGAUUAUAACAAAUACGACUAUGAGUGGCCUGAAUAUUCUAUACAAGAUUUUGAAGAUAUAUUUGAUAAUUCCUAUUUAAUUCCUAAUUUUGAGAAUACCCAACAAGAAGCUUCUAUUAGUAAUCAUGUUCUUGAAGAAAACGUUUCUGCACACCCCGUUGAUCUGAAUAGCGAUAAUGUAGCAUUGUCACCAAACAUGCAGGAUAACACUGAAAUAAACAAAGAAUUAAAUCGAAGUGUACGUUCUACAUUUAGCAAAUUUUCAAAUUUUCGAAAAAAACAAAAUGUGAAAGAGAAAGAAAGGAGAAUAAAUAUGGGCGUCUGUUUUCAAAAACUUUCAGAUAUUGUCCCAACUUUGAAUGAAAAUAAACGUAGUAAGGAUAAGAUUCUGAAAGAUACUGCUGAUUAUAUAAGAAAUUUAGUUCGUGAAUUCAAAAAAAAGCUUGAGGUCAUAAAUACAUUGAAUAAAGAAAUAUCUGAAAAGUCGAAAUUUUUAUUAAAUAAUAUGAAGAAAUGAUACCUUAUUCUUAGUCUUUGUUUCUUUAUA